CCUGUCCCGCGCGGGCAGAACUUCCGCCAGAGCCGGAAAACUCUCUCCCUCGCGUUGUUUAAGAGGCUCCCGUCUGCAGGGUGGGGAGGGAAGGUCCAGGACGGUCCCGGGGAUUCCAGGGCGUCCGGUCUACGACCUGUCCUUGGCGCCAUGGGUGUGAUAGGUAUACAGCUGGUCGUUACCAUGGUGAUGGCCAGUGUCAUGCAGAAGAUUAUACCUCACUAUUCUCUUGCUCGAUGGCUACUCUGUAAUGGCAGUUUGAGAUGGUAUCAACAUCCUACAGAAGAAGAAUUAAGAAUUCUUGCAGGGAAGCAGCAAAAAGGGAAAAGCAGAAAAGAUAGGAAAUAUAAUGGUCACAUUGAAAGUAAGCCAUUAACCAUUCCAAAGGAUAUUGACCUCCAUCUAGAAACAAAGUCAGUUACAGAAGUGGAUACUUUAGCAUUGCAUUACUUUCCAGAAUACCAGUGGCUGGUGGACUUCACAGUAGCUGCUACACUUGUGUAUCUAGUAACUGAAGUCUACUACAACUUUAUGAAGCCCACACAGGAAAUGAAUAUCAGCUUAGUCUGGUGCCUGCUUGUUUUAUCUUUUGCAAUCAAAGUUCUAUUUUCAUUAACUACACACUAUUUUAAAGUCGAAGAUGGUGGUGAAAGAUCAGUCUGUGUUACUUUUGGAUUUUUUUUCUUUGUGAAAGCAAUGGCAGUCUUGAUUGUAACAGAAAACUAUCUGGAAUUUGGACUCGAAACAGGGUUUACAAAUUUUUCAGAUAGUGCGAUGCAGUUUCUUGAAAAGCAAGGUUUAGAAUCUCAGGGUCCUGUUUCAAAACUUACCUUCAAAUUUUUCCUGGCUAUUUUCUGUUCACUCAUUGGGGCUUUUUUGACAUUUCCUGGAUUACGACUGGCUCAAAUGCAUCUGGAUGCCCUGAAUUUGGCAACAGAAAAAAUUACACAAACAUUACUUCAUAUCAACUUCUUGGCUCCUUUAUUUAUGGUUCUGCUCUGGGUUAAACCAAUCACCAAAGACUACAUUAUGAACCCACCACUGGGUAAAGAAAGUGUCCCUUUAAUGACAGAAGCUACAUUUGAUACUUUGCGACUCUGGCUAAUAAUCCUGCUGUGUGCUUUGCGGUUGGCCAUGAUGCGCAGUCACCUGCAAGCUUACUUAAACUUAGCCCAGAAAUGUGUGGAUCAGAUGAAGAAAGAAGCAGGGCGAAUAAGUACAGUCGAGCUACAGAAAAUGGUGGCUCGAGUCUUCUAUUACCUUUGUGUCAUUGCACUGCAGUACGUGGCCCCUCUGGUAAUGCUGCUUCACACGACUCUGCUUUUGAAAACACUAGGUAAUCAUUCCUGGGGGAUUUAUCCAGAAUCUAUCUCUACCUUGCCAGUGGAUAAUAGUCUACCCUCCAAUUCUGUUUACUCUGAAUUGCCAUCUACUGAUGGGAAGAUGAAGGUAACUGUUACACAAAUAACAGUGGCACUGAGCAGCUUAAAAAACAUUUUCACUCCUCUGCUUUUUCGGGGACUUCUGUCUUUUCUGACCUGGUGGAUUGCUGCUUGUCUCUUUUCUACAAGCCUUUUUGGGCUUUUCUAUCACCAGUAUCUGACUGUGGCAUGAAUCUCCGUUAACAGAAAAGGAUAUCCAAGCCACACUUUGAAUUGAAAUAUCUGUGCCCUUGAAGGGCUAUCGGAAACUAGAAGAAAGCAAAUACAAAGGAAAAAGACAUAUCAGCAUAUCUUGUUUUAAAUGCUUCCUCUGUAUUCUCAGGGUGAAUCAAUGGUAUAAUAUUUAAAAUUACAGAGUAGAUUAUUAACUACUAUACUGUGGCAUUGGAAUUUUAACUCCUUGUAUUAACUGAUGGUGAGAGGGCUAUCUACAGAGGUAAUACUUAUGAUUACCUUGGUUUACAGAAACCUCCAGCAGUCUUUGAAACUUAUAUGACUCUAGUUCUAGAUCGAUUGCUCUUAAUGGUAUAACGGUACUGUUAAUAUUCAUAGUGGCUGCCUAUAGAACAAUCUUCAAACUGAGCCAUGCUUUGGAGUAGGGAAAGGAGCUAAAGUCACCUCUGUUGGUAAUAUAUUAGUCACUCUUCAAAUAACAACAAUGGCAAAAUCCAACAGAAAGGAAGAAAUAGCUACUGUAUAUUACAGUAAAGAAAGCUGCAUAGUAAUUUUAAAUUUAAUGGAGAUGUACAUGGUUAAUAUCUACAAGUAUUGCUGCUUGAGAGUAGCAAGAGUAUUGUUUUAAAAUGUAUUUUAUCCAACUUGAGGGAUCUUUUAAAAUGAUUGGCUAUAUGAACAUUUGCUGUUAGGCUUGGAACUCCCAUAUUUUAUUUUAUUCUUUGAUCCUAAAUAUAGUCCUUUUAAUAGUCUAAAAAUAUUUAUCAAUAUUGAUCUGACUUUUAAAAAAUUACUUUAAUCCUGCUGACUACCUGUAUGUAUUGUAUAUAUAUAUUAUAUAUUAAAUAUAUAAUAUAUUGAAAUUAUAAAAGAUGAAAAUAUUGAAUCCUUAAAUAUUUUAAGUUGCUGAAUGUAUAUUAAAUGUGACUGAAUGAGAUGUCUUUGUAUCUAGAAAUUUUCUUUCUUUUUGGAAUGAGAUUAAAAUACAUUUUGAAAGUUCA